ACAUACAGCAAAAUGAAAUUUUUAACAUUAUUUUCAUUGAUUUUCUUCAUCGUCGGCACAAUCCAUGCAUUUAAAUGUCCCGAUUUAAACGAUAUAUUUUAUCGUGAUCCAGAAAAUUCACAUUAUUUUUAUGAAUGUGUUAAUGGCCGUGCAUUUCAUUUUCAAUGUCCAAAUGAUUUAGUAUUUAAUGAAAGUAUACAGGCAUGUGAUUAUACAAUUGGACCACCAAUUGAACAUACAACACAUCAUUAUGAAACACCAGAUCAUACUGGUACAAGAAAACGUCAUACAACCACAUCAUCAAUGUCAACAUCGACAACAUCAUCAACAAAUUCUGAUCAUAAAACUACAAACCCUGAACAACAAUCAUCAACAACAACAAUGGCAUCAUCAACUGAUCAUCACAGUGAUGAUCAAACAACCAGAGGACGUCAUCAUCCAACAACACCAACAAAAAACAAUGCCUUGAUCUGAUUUAAAAAUCAUAUAAUUAACCAUUUACCCACCAAUCCAUCGAUAUUUUUUUUUUAAUUUAAAAAUAAAAAUUUUGUCAUUUACGUAAUCAAAGCAAAAAAAAAAUGGAAAUUAAAAAAAAUUUCAUUGACCUUGAUUUGCAUAUUAAAAAAAAAACAAUUUUUUUU